GUCGGGUAGUAUGACAUCACUUAACUCAAGCGUGUUGACAACACUGAAUCAAACAUGGAGGGAGAAGAGAAGCAAUCAGAAAAAACAGAAGAAAUCCACGAUAUAAAGAGUUUCAUAUUGAGAAAACAAUGGCUUACUGGUUGGCACACGAUUUGGUCAAUCCCAGAUGGACAGCAGACAGAAAAAAAAGCUGUCACAGCUUGCAGUAUUGCUGCUGGCGCGGGAAUUGCUGCUGGCUUCGCUAGAUCAUGUCUUGGUCCAGCUGGAAUUGUAAAAUCAUCUGCUUCCAUUGUUCCUAAACUUGGAGUAUAUGGUUUUGUUAUUGCACCUAACAUUGUGGCAGCAGCAACAUAUGUGUAUGCAACAAGCUAUGCUGCAGAUAUUAGAGGAAAAUCUGAUGAGAUCAACCAUUUUGUUGGAGGUGCAGCUGCAGGGGCUGUCUUUGGAUUGAAAAAUCUCAGCCUUUUCCAGGUAGCAAAAAAGGGUGUUGGAUUGGGAGUAGUUGCACUGAUGAUAUCCGAGUUAGCAACAAAGCCAGCUUUUGAAUCAUUAAGAAGAGAAGCUCAAGUGAAACCGUUUUAUGUCUUUGGUAGGCGCUCCAAUAUACCCUCAAACAUUGAGCAUAAGUGAGGAGAAACUUUGACUGUAACAAAAGUUUGUAGGUCAUCUGUAAUACAGACUGUUGUGAGAUUUGUACGGUCUUGUAACAUUGGUGUGCAACAUGAGUCGGUAAAAUAGUUGAUGGAGGAAAGAGAACCAUCCUUAAUUGUGAUUAGGAAUUCAAUAAAGUUACACAUAUAAGAAUUCUUUACAAGUGAUGGUCAGAUGUCAUACGGCAUUGCUUCAAACUGAGCAGGUUUCAAUGCUAGAAUAUUUAUGUUAUUUGAAAAAUUGUGCAUUUCAAUAAAAAUGAAAAAAAAUAC